GGCUUGGGGACCAAACAAAACCAUGGCUUCCUCUUCAUCUUCAGCUCUCUCCCACUCUUCCUUUAAUAUUUCAAGCACCAAUUUAAAUGUCUGGGAAAAACCUGGUAACCUGCAUAGCAGAGUCCAAGUAAAGAGCUGUAAAAGACCUACCACCGUCGUAGUUUGUUCUAGUUCUUCUUCUCCGGCUCCGACGUCUCGCCGCCGCGUUCUUCUCCAAGGCUCCGUUUCUUUGGCUGCUUCAGCUGCCAUUCUCCUCUGCUCAAAUCCAGCUGAAGCUGGAUUUCUAUCAGGAUCGACCGGAAUAGAAUCAGUUCCGGGUCCUGAGUUGCCUCAAAUCGACUUCCUCAAACGCUUCAAUGAAGAAAACCAGAAAAAGUAUGCAGAAAAUGAUGCAAGAUUCAGAUCAACUCAAAUACUCAAGGAGCUACUAGAAAAAUCCAAGCUCAACAAAGAAAAGAAUAGUAAGGAAAUUCAAGACAAGUACUGCAUACGCGGGGCGGAGUGGGGAGUUGGAGAUUGCUCGGCGGAGGGAAUGACACCUGACGAGAAAGACAAGUUCAUCGCAAUGUUGAAGGAGAAGGCUGGCGUCAAGGAUUGAUUUUUACUAACUUGUGCAAGCUCUCUGCUUUCUGUAAACCGUAAUUUCCAAGUAACUCGUAGGAUCUUCUCGUUUGAAGAGAUGAAUAAAUUUGUAAUAAGAGUACACGACCACGACUACUACGACUCUACGAGCAUAAAACGAUUCAAUUGAUGCGCA